UGACGUCAGCACGCCGGGUGAGGCUGGAUUCGCUGACUGACGAGGAGAGUGACGUCACGGAGUAAGGUUCCCGGAAGUGUCGUGUGUGACAGUGAGACAGGAGUGAGCGGGGGCUGCCGUGUUUCUUCUCUGCCCGGUCCAUCUCGCUUUGCACGGGGAGCGCCUGUGUCUGCUGUACCCGCCGUGCCGUACACUGUAUGCACCGUCACUGCCGCUCUCUGACCUCCACCCCGCCACAGCUGUCACCGUCACCCGAGUCCCCCCGCAGACAUGACCACACGAUCCGAGAGGGAGAAGGCCCAGAAGCUGAACGAACAGCACCAGGCCAUAUUGUCCCGAAUGCUCCGGGAGGAGGACAACAAGUACUGCGCUGACUGCGAGGCUAAGGUGCAUGCAAGACAUGGGCAACACAAAAGCAAGAAUUCUGUAUGAAGCUAAUCUUCCUGAAAACUUUAGAAGACCUCAGACAGAUCAAUCAGUGGAGUUCUUUAUCAGGGAUAAAUACGAAAGAAAGAAAUACUACGACAAGAAUGCUGCAACCACUAUGAAUGUAAGUAUGUUCAAGACGUCCUCUUCUGAUGCUGUGCAGCCUUCGGCAUCCUCUCCUUCUCUGCAAGCUCCUGUCGACAAAAGCAAAUUGGAGAAAGAAAAGGAGAAGAAAAGGGAAGAGAAGAAAAGGGAAAGAGAGUCUGAGAAACCGGCAAAACCCUCUGCUGUGGAGAAGGUAGUGAAAAAAGAGCCACAGCUAGAGGUUAAACUUAGUCCAAAGAAAGCCCCCGAAAUGACCGUGGAUCUUUUAGGACUUGAUACUCCUGCUGAAGCACCAGUGGCAAAUGGCAGCACAUCUACGGCAAGCACUUUAAAUGAUGACCUGGAUAUAUUUGGUCCAAUGAUAUCCAACCCCCUACCAGCAUCAUCUGCGGCUACAACACAGGUUACAACCACAGCCCCAGCUGCUGCCAGCAUACCUCCGCCUUCUGGAGACUUGGAUUUAUUCACUGAACCAUCUGCAAAAUCUGAAGAAGCUCCUAAAAAACCUUUAUCAAAAGACUCCAUUUUGUCACUUUAUGGUACAACAAAUAUGCAGCAGCCAAACACAACAGGUAUGUUCAUGACUUCUUCUCCAAUGCCAUACUCCACACAGCCGACAACCAACUUCCAGGCUUUUCCAUCAAUGGGUGUAGCUGUUCCUACAACUACUGGGCUGAUGGGUAACAUGAUGAGUCAAGCAAUGCCUGCCAUGGGACAAAAUGCUGGAAUGAUGGUUGGCAUGGGAAUUCCAAAUGGAUUUGUGGGAAAUACUACAGCUGGAGUUAUGGGACUCCCUCCUAAUAUGAUGGGACCACAAGCAGGAAUGGUCACAAAUAUGGGAACAGCUCCAAAUAAAUUUGGCAUGCAGCAAAACCAGCCUGCCCCAUGGAAUAUUACACAGAUGAGUCAGCAGAUGAGUGGGAUGAGCCUGAAUGGUGCUAGCAAUAUGAUGGCUUUUGGUCAGCCGGCAAACACUGUUGGAGCAGCAUGGUCUGGAAACGCCGCUGGUCAGACUCUAAGCACACAACUGUGGAAAUGAGAG